AUGACAGGUGCCUGCGUGUGCCUGAUGGUCCUGGCCAGGUGGAGGCUGCGGGCUGUGGGGGGCCUGGGUGUGGGUGUCCUACUCCUGGCCCUCUGGUUCCUGCGAGCACCCUGGCCGGGCGCUGGGGGGACCCAGGAGCCCCAGCCCACCCUCACCAUCCUCAUCUGGCACUGGCCUUUCACGGACUGGCCCCCAGACCUGCCGGGCAACACGUGUGCCCGCUUCGGUGCCCCCCGCUGCCGCCUGAGCACCAACCGCAGCCUGCUGGCCAGCGCGGACGCUGUGGUCUUCCACCACCGCGAGCUACAGGUGCGUCGGGUACACCUGCCUCUGGACCGGCGGCCGCGCGGGCAGCCCUGGGUCUGGGCCUCCAUGGAGUCGCCCAGCCACACGCGUGGCCUCGGCCGCUUCCGUGGCAUCUUCAACUGGGUGCUGAGCUACCGCCGAGACUCGGACAUCUUUGUGCCCUACGGCCGCCUGGAGCCCCGCACCGGGCCCCUGCCCCCGCUGCCGCCAGCCAAGAGAGGGGUGGCCGCCUGGGUAGUCAGCAACUUCCAGGAGCGCCAGCGGCGGGUGCAGCUGUACCGGCAGCUGGCGCCCCACCUGCGCGUAGAUGUGUUUGGGCGUGCCAGUGGGCGGCCUCUCUGUGCCAACUGCCUGCUGUCCACUGUGGCUCGUUACCGCUUCUACCUGGCCUUUGAGAACUCCCAGCACCGUGAUUACAUCACCGAGAAGUUCUGGCGUAACGCGCUGGUGGCUGGCGCCGUGCCAGUGGUGCUGGGUCCCCCGCGGGCCAACUAUGAGGCCUUUGUGCCCCCUGACGCCUUUGUGCACGUGGACGACUUUGGCUCGGCCCGCGAGCUGGCCCGCUUCCUGGCCGGCAUGAACGAGAGCCGCUACCAGCGCUUCUUUGCAUGGCGCCACCGGCUGCGUGUGCGGUUGCUCAGCGACUGGCAGGAGCGUUUCUGCCACAUCUGCUCCUGCUACCCCCACCUGCCACGUGGCCAGGUCUACGAGGACCUCGAGGGCUGGUUCCAAGCCUGA